AUGGAGCCAGGGUGCAGGAAGGAAUGCACCACGCCGUCUGGUCUCCAGCAACAUUUCCAGAGUGUUCAUCAAGUUCCAGCAGCCCUUCAACCCCCCUCAAUCCAGCCCACAAGACCUGCUCAAAGUUCUGGCCUGAAUAAUUCCUUGCCAUCUGCCAAUCAUUCAGAUGAGGAUGUAGUUCAUCCCUCCUCUCCCCACUUCUCCUCACGUCGAUCUCCACGGCGCUCUCUGUCCAGCAGUCCUAUUCAAACCCCUCGAGUCCCCUUACACCAUGGCAAUUCUGCCUAUAACCCUCAUCGCCUCACAAUCAAGGUUCAUCCAAUUCUCGAUGGAAUCCCUUGCGAUAUUGACGGUUUUGACCUGCCACCUGAUUCAGCCCCACAACCUGUUCCAAAAAGUGACGACUUCUUCCCUUUCGAGACGCGUGCAGAAUUUGAGUUUGCCAAGCUUCUUUACAAGGAUGUUGAAAUGUCUGCAAGCAACAUCGACAGAUUGCUGCAGCUGCUGGCUGCCCUCAUCAAGCAGGGAGAGGUCACCUGGGAUAGUUUCUCAGUCCAGUACAAUGGCAGCCCAGCAGACAGUGACAUGCCGCAACCACCGUGGAUGGAUCAAACUUACGAGGUGUGGUUUCAUGACCCACUCAAGGUCCUCGACAACCAGAUUGGCAAUCCAGACUUCAAGAAUGAGAUGGACUAUGCUCCAAAGCAGGUCUUUCAUAAGGGAAAGCAUCAAUACCAGGACUUGAUGACAGGGAAUUGGGCUUGGGAGCAAGCGGACAAAAUUGCCCAGGAUGGCGACACCCAUGGGGCCAUGUUUGCCCCAGUCAUUCUCAGGAGUGAUAAAACAACAGUUUCGGUCGCAAUAGGGCAAAAUGACUAUUACCCCUUGUACAUCUCACUCGGAAAUGUCCACAACUCACCCCACAUGGUCAAGCCUCGCGUUACUUGUUGUGCAGAUGGCCAUUACCGACGAGUUAUUUAUGGUCUGGGUCCUUAUAUUGCUGACUAUCCAGAGCAGGCACUUCUUGCCUGCAUCAUGCAGAACUGGUGUCCAAAAUGUACCUCGCCCCCUGAUAAUCUUGACGCACCAGGAGCAGUUCCACGCACACACCUUCAUACGGAUACAUUAGUUAAUUCAGGUGGUGUUGAAUUGAAGGAGCUGUGGGACGAUUAUCACUUCUAUAAGCUAGAAUUCUAUAUCAAAUACUGUGUCUAA